AUGUUAGCAUCGCUUGUCUCCUCCCUCAAAGAUUCAGCAAGUCAGAACAAGUUAUCAAAAGCAUUCAACAUUUUCUCUCUCAUCGUACAACAAACCCACAAUGCCUCGUCGUCUGAUUUCGUGUUGCAGUCAUUGGUUUCUCUUUUUGCAUGUUGUUCGCAAGUUAAAGCAAUUUCACAAGGUAAACAACUACAUGCGUAUUUGGUUUCUUCGGGGUUUGAAAAAUCCCGUGUUUUGGUUCCAAAGUUAGUCACAUUCUAUGUUGAUUUUAAUCUUUUCAAUGAUGCAUAUGUCGUUACCGAAAGUUCAAACAUUAUGCAUCCGUUGUCUUGGAAUGUAGUUAUUUCUGGCUAUGUUAGAGCUGGGCUUGGGAAGGAGGGUUUAUCUGUGUAUACAAAAAUGAUGGAGAAGGGAAUUAUCCCUGACAAUUUUACAUAUCCGUCUGUUCUCAAGGCUUGUGGCGAGGAGUUUGAUUUGGGUCUCGGUAGGGAGGUUCAUGAGUCAAUUAUGAAGUCGGGAUUGGAAUGGAAUUUGUUCGUGCACAAUGCAUUGGUGUUCAUGUAUGGAAAAUGUGGAGACUUGAAUGUUGCACGAAUGCUGUUCGAAGAAAUGCCUGUGAGAGAUGAAAUUUCUUGGAACUCCAUAAUUUCCGGGUACGCAUCUCAGGGCAUGUGGAGAGAAGCCUUUGAGCUUUUCAACGAUAUGCAGAACCAAAAUGUAGAAGUGAAUGUCAUCAUCUGGAAUACCAUUGCAGGAGGCUAUUUGAAGACAGGAAACUAUAUCCAAGUACUAAAGUUACUUUCUCAAUUAAGGACCUCUGGUAAAUGGGAUCCAGUGGCUGUGAUCAAUGGUUUAGGUGCAUGUUCUCAUAUUGGAGAACUGAAUCUAGGCAAGGAAAUCCAUAGUGUAGCAAUUCGAACAUGUUGUCAUGACUAUGAUAAUGUAAAAAAUUCAUUAAUUACAAUGUAUUCCCGGUGUAAAGAUCUUAAACAUGCUCAUAUUGUAUUCCAUUUGGUUGAAAACAAGAGUGUAAUCACUUGGAACUCCAUAAUAUCAGGAUUCUCACACUGGGACAAUUCCGAGGAAUCCUCAUUUCUAUUCCGGGAGAUGCUUCUUUCCAGUGUUGAUCCCAAUUACGUGACAAUAGCAAGCAUACUUCCUCUUUGUGCACGCGUGGCAAAUCUACAACAUGGUAAAGAGUUCCAUUGCUACAUUACAAGGCAUGAGGGAUUCAAAGAUUACUUAUUACUAUUCAAUUCUCUAAUCGACAUGUAUGCAAGAUCUGGGAAAAUCUUGCUUGCUAAAAGACUGUUUGAUUCUUUAACCAAAAAGGAUGAGGUGACAUACACUUCACUUAUAGCUGGUUAUGGGAUCCAAGGGGAGGGAAAAACGGCUGUUGAUUUAUUUGAAGAGAUGAUUAGGUGUAACAUAAAGCCAGAUCAUGUGACCAUGGUUGCUGUUCUUUCAGCUUGUAGUCAUUCUGCUCUAGUUGACCAAGGUCAAACUUUAUUCGAAAAUAUGUCUUCUGUUUAUGGUAUAGUGCCUCGUUUGGAGCAUUUUUCUUGUAUGGUUGAUCUUUAUGGGAGAGCUGGGUUAUUGGGAAAAGCAGAAGAAACAAUGAGAAAGAUGCCUUAUGAGGCAACACCUGCCAUGUGGGCGACUGUGAUUGGAGGAUGUCGGAUUCAUGGAAAGAAAGAGUUAGGAGAAAUGGCUGCUGAAAAACUGUUGGAAUUGCGUCCAAGGAAUUCGGGGUAUUAUGUAUUGGUGGCAAACAUGUAUGCGGAUUCUGGGAGUUGGGAGAAAUUAGGUAAAGUUAGAGUUUUGAUGAGGGAAUUGGGUGUUAGUAAGGUUCCUGGUUGUGCUUGGUUGGAUGUAGGAGGGAGGUUUAUGCGGUUUUUGGUGGCUGAUACUAAGAAUGUUAAGGCAUUUGAGAUAUAUCCUUUGUUGGAUGGAUUGAGUCAACAAUUGAAAGAAGCUGGUUAUGUCUUGUCUCAUGAUAAAGAUGAAGUUAUGGAGUUGUAG